UAAGAGUUAUAAAUGAACCGUAAAAAUUUCGCUCCGGUCAUCAGUAAUUUAAUUAUUUUUUCACUGUAAUUAGAGACACACAAAAAAUUAAAUUAAUAAAAAUUAGCACAACGAAUUUUCUGCAGCAGGAAUCGUAAACGGAGAAUGGAAAUGAGUACAAUGGGCACACCAAAGAUGUCUCGUGAGGAGAGACGAUAUUCCGUGCCCUAUGGACCGGGAAAUCAAGCACCUUUGCCGCCGGGAGCGUCGGAAGAUCUUCAUGCGUGGUCCAUUUAUCGUCAAAAUUUAAAUUCAGAUUUUACGGAUUCCGCUCUCGGAUCGUCAGAUAAGUCUCCGUUGCCAUAUGGAAAUUUUCAGUUGCGUGAUACGACGGUGCAAAGUAUCAUAAAUCAUCCAAGGUACGGGCCGAAAUCGCCGUUGGGAAGUAAUAUGUACACUUAUUUGAAAUUUGGGCUGCCGAGAGUUUUUCCGCCGAAUGGGGGAAGUCAACGGAGUCACAAACCAGGUCCCGGGCCAGGCGGAAGAGGAGGCAGAGUAAAUCGAGGUUUCAGAGACAGCAGUAUGCAACACGCCGGAUCAUCAGGAUAUGACAGCAGUGAUAACGAAACGACACGCGCAUCACGCCAACCCCCGAAAAAUCUGCGAAAAUUCCGCAGCGAAUCAGAUUUCCGGAUGCUCAACACCGUCGUUCACAACGGAAAUGGCAUCCCGCCCGGACAUCAUCACCAAAUGCAUUCUCGCCCAAGUUCGCGAGCUCACAACGGAAUUCCCGUGACGGCUUUGAAGCAAGUUAAUAGUCGUGCGAGCAUUGCCGGGCCUCAUUAUGCGCAUCACAACGGCGGCACUCAUCGCCCUAAUGGACAUUUACGUGCUCAUAGCGAAGCUGACUUGCUUGCAGCGACAGAACUUAAUUACGACUACGAUCCGCGCGGAUAUGACACGCGAGAUAUGCGAAGUAUGCGGGGAGAUCCGUACAUGUCGCGACGCCAAUCGAUCCAUAAUCUCAUUUAUCCGAACAUUCAAGUGCAUUGUUUGGAUGUUUCGCCCAUGGUGCGUGGCGUGUCGCUUCAAGCGAAGGCGGGAGACCUUUUUGCGGUUAUGGCGACGUCAAAUACCGAAGGAACGAUGUUAAUGGAAACACUUGCAGGGCUGCGGGAACGAAUGGCAGGCGAAAUUUUGAUAAAUGGACAACAUGUGAGCAAAAAAAUGCUGAGAAAAUUGUGUGGAUAUGUCGCGGCGGCGGAAUCUGCUCCUUUGGAUCCACGCAUGAACGUUCAAAGUACACUGAGGUAUCAUGCGAUGUUGCGAGGACCCAUCGAUUCGAGUGACAUCAAAGAAAGAAUCGACAUCUUAGUAGAAGAUCUCGGAUUGUCAGCAAUUCGUGCAGCGAACAUUUCUCGAUUGACGCACUCGGAAAAGCAAAGACUUAAUGUCGCCUGUCAGCUACUCACGCAGUCUUCCAUCAUGAUACUCGAUCAAGCGACAAAUAACAUGGAUAUUUUUGACACAUUUUUCCUCGUCGAGUAUUUGAGGCAAUGGUGCAAUGGUAGUCGAAUCAUAAUAAUGACGCUGCAACCGCCAACUUUUGAGAUUUUAUCAAUGUGUUCGGGAGUUUUGCUGCUUUCGGGAGGGAGAAUUAUCUUUUCCGGCAGUCGAAGUGAUUUGCCGCGUCAUAUGGGAUCACUUGGAUAUCCAUGCCCGCCAUUUAAGAAUCCAGCUGAUUAUUAUUUGGAUUUAGUGACUCUCGAUGAUUUAUCGGCAGCAGCUCUCCUCGAAUCAAGUUCAAGAAUUGAGGCGUUAGCAAAUGCUUGGGACAGAAUCAACUCUGAACCUCCAUUAGCUGCACCGAAAGCUAGUCUUCCGCAGAUUGUUGUGAAAGCGGGAACAUUUAAACAGUUCUAUGCACUUUUUAAGAGGAGUAUAUCAUAUAAGCAACCGGGAUCCUUACUCUCGUGGAUUUCAAAACUAAUUUUAGCGGCAAUACUUUCACUGUUAAUAGGCACAAUUUUCUGGGAUGUUCCCGCAUCAGAUCCAAAACUUAAUUUAAAUGAUAGAUUAGGAUAUCAUCAUGCCAUAAUGUUAAUCGGUCUCUGGCCACUGUUGCUUUGCUUCAUCCGUGAUACUCAUGAAGACCGAAGACAUGCGGAGAAAGAACUCAAGUUAGAUUUGUAUGGAAGGACCGUUUAUAUUCUCGUUCAAAGCCUCAUGUCAGUAAUUCCCAGUUUAUGUAUCUGGGUUGCGUAUCUCUUGCCAGCGCACAGUAUGGCGGGAUUGUAUUCCUAUAAAAAUGAUUCUGGAAUUUACAUGUAUUUAGGUUACAUGCUCCUAUUUCUCAUGGCCAUACAAACCGUUGCACUAUUUUGUGCGCAUUUCCUGCCAACAAAGGUUUCAUCGUCAAUUUUCCUGUCGCUGAUCGUCUUUCUUCUCUCAGCAGUGGGCGGUUACAUGAUUCAUCCAGCAGAUAUCAGUCCUUAUUGGAAAUGGCUUGAAGUUGCGUCGCCCCAAAAAUGGACAAUGCCCAUUUUGACAGCUUAUGAAUACAGCAAAGAGACUCUCAAAUCAACUGUUACGCUGGAAUGUAAAAAUAAACAGAUCCAACAUCAAGAAAUCAUCGUGAAAGAUACGUGUCCGCCGCCCAAUGGCACCGCCGUGUUAGCAGAGUUCAAAUUGCUGCCCGAAGAUCACGUCAUCGAUCCAAGCGCGAUGUUUGCAUCGACAUCAGCUGCCCUCAUUUUUGCAUGCGUUUCGGUAUUUGUGCUGACAUUUUUAGUCUUUUUGGCGAAUUGCCAGAAGAGUUUCGUGCGAAAGAGCAAACGACGUGCAAUGAAGUAGAGAAGUAGGUUAAAAAAAGGAUGUUUUGUUGAAAUAUUUAAGUAGAAAAUCGAUUUUUUGUAAAGUUGUUGAUGCUGAAAAACGAUGACUGGAGUGAAAUUUUUAGUAAUUUCGGAAAAAAAUUUCUUGUUGGUUUUAAGAGAGAUCACAAGAAGGAUAAUUUUUCAGAUAAUUGUUGCUUUAAUGUGAAGCUCAUGAAUGAUGCUCAUUCAACUUUUAACACAGCUUUGUCUUUAGUCUUCGUCAGGUAUUUCAGACCUAUUCCAGUUCCACAUGUUUGAAAUCUGUUUGUUAGUGCAAAUCUUCUUCAAACAGAGCCAACUAUUUGAAGAUGUUUCAUUUUUGUGUAGUUUUACUCGACAAAUCUGACAUCUCGGAAUAAAGAUCAUCGUAACGACUUUAAAUUUUCCAUAAACUUUUUUUUUAAUCCAAAAUUAAUAAAACGCGAGUUUCAACCUCUUGAUAAUCCUUUCCUUUUUUUAAUAAUCUAAUU